CAAGCCUAAUUUUGUCUAGUUGCCUUCUAGCCGUCUGUGGCUGUGUUUCGCCAACGUCUCCUCUUGUUUCAAAGGUGUUUUAGUGGCUUAAGAUUUGCAAAUAUCGUGAGAGAGGACUAUCGUGAAGUUCCUUGAAUCCUCUCGCUAACUCGAGCUAGGUCACUUCGAGAGAGGGAGUCUGGGUGCCUUGGAACUUUGCGUCUGCAGGUAUUGCGAUGGACCCAGCGCUACUGAAAGAAAGAGAUGCCUUUAAAAAGAGGGCCAUGGCCACUCCUGUGGUCGAAGCCCGAAAACGCGACCGCGAUUCAUCAGCGGGAAACGCGGCAUCACAGCCAAAGAAAAAAGUCAAACCAUCGAAGCCAAAAGACGCGUACAACUACAAGACCACUUCUGGGGGUUCGCAGUACAAUUUCAGUGUCCUAGCAAAAAUUGUGAAGCACAUGAAGCAAAGGCACUUGGAAGGUGAUACGCACCCUUUGUCGCUCGAAGAGAUCUUGGACGAGACAAACCAGUUGGACCUUGGAGCACGGCAAAAGCACUGGCUGUCAACAGAGGCCUUGCAAAACAACCCUAAGCUUCAAGUGACGAUAGACGGCAAGUACUCAUUCCGGCCAGCGUACAACCUCAAGGACCGCAAAAGUCUUCUGCGGCUCCUAGACAAACACGACCAGCGGGGCCUUGGAGGCGUACUGCUGGAAGAUGUGCAGGAAUCGUUGCCCAAUGUGGAACGCCACCUCAAGGCACUGGGUGACAGCAUCAUCUACGUGGUGCGCCCUAUCGACAAAAAGAAGGUGCUCUUCUACAAUGACAAGUCCCUGCAGUUCAAUGUUGAUGAGGAGUUCCAAAAGCUUUGGAGAAGUGUUGCUGUUGAAGGCAUAGAUGACCAGAAGAUAGAGGAGUACUUGCAGAAACAGGGCAUCACAUCAAUGCAGGACAUGGGUGUCAAGAAAGUGAAUGCUGCCCAGAAGCGGAAGAAGUCGUCAUCGAAGAGGGCAAAGUCGUUCAAGAAGCACAACGACCACAUGGGAGACAUUCUAGAAGAUUACACUGACAAGUAGAUUUUAUACAUGUUAGGAGUGUACAUAUGCCUUGUAAAUUUUCAUGUAACAAUUCUGUGAAGGAGAACUUUAACAAUGCAAAGUGUUAACCCAAGCUACAAAGAAUGCUUAGACUGUAAAACAAUGUACUGUCAUUCAUAAAAAGCAGCUAGUAAAACAAAGGUUGCUGGCGGCUGCUGAGGUGCACCAUGGCAUGCAAAAGUCAAUGAUGUUUGACAUUAAACCUAAAGGUGCUCCCUGCUGAA